GAAUUCACCCAAAAAAAAUAAAAUAGGAAAGGACCCGCUAGAUUUGGAUCCCUCUGUUUCUGCGUAACAACAACGUAAACAACGUAGGAUCAGUAGUCCACCACACACACACACACACAUGUAAAUGUGAUCCAUACUUCUGCUUCUGCUUCUGGUUUUGCUUCUGCUCUUCUUCGUUCUGACGAACCAAAGAGGCGGCGAACGGGAAUCCACGCGCCACUGCACUCUCCAAACAAUGGUUGAGAGUAAAUAUCAAUGCAGACAAUGGCUCCUCUUGGCGUAUCAGAGUUUGGGUGUAGCAUUUGGUGAUUUGAUGAUUUCACCACUUUAUGUUUAUAAAAGUACCUUUUCCGGGAGAAUGAUUGAUUAUCAAACUGAAGAUGUUAUUUUUGGGGCAUUUUCCUUGGUUUUUUGGACUUUCACAAUUCUUUCCUUGUUCAGGCAUGUUGUAUUCAUGUUAAGUGCAGAUGAUAAUGGCGAAGGAGGAAUUUUUGCUUUAUACGCACUCCUCUGUAGACAUGCGAAAUUUUCUUUGCUCCCUAAUCAUCAAGCAGCUGAUGAGGAGCUUUCUAUGUAUCAUGGCCCGGGCUACUCAAAUAGAAAUCAACACUCAUCUAUGCUGAAAAAGUUUGUUGAGAAACAUAAAAAGUCCAAAACUGCUUUACUUCUACUAGUUUUGUUUGGUACAUGCUUUGCAAUUUGUGUUGGCAUCCUCACACCGGCAAUGUCAGUUCAUUCAUCCAUUGAAGGGUUGAAAAUUCAAUUGAAUGAUACACAUCAUGGUCUGGUAGUUGUCAUAGCCUGUAUUGUCUUGGUUGGCCUUUUUGUUUUGCAGCACCAUGGCACAUAUAGGGUGGCCUUCAUGUUUUCCCCCAUUGUUAUUUUGUGGUCACUGUCCAUUGCUGUUAUUGGUGUCUACAACAUCAUUGAAUGGAAUCCCAGUGUUUACCGUGCCCUUUCUCCAUAUUAUAUUUACAAGUUCUUCAGAGACACUGGAAGAGAUGGUUGGAUAUCUCUAGGGGGGGUGCUUUUAUGCAUCACUGGGACCGAAGCUAUGUUUGCAAACCUUGGCCGAUUCAAAGCUACAUCAAUAAGGUUGGCAUUUUGUUGUGUCAUGUACCCAUGUCUUGUGCUUCAAUAUAUGGGACAGACUGCCUUUCUUUCAAAAAAUUUUUCAGAAGCAUCUAGAAGCUUUUAUGCUUCCAUUCCAGAUCCCUUCUUUUGGCCAGUUCUCUUGGUGGCAACUUUGGCUGCAAUUGUUGCAAGUCAGUCUGUUAUCUCUACCACAUUCUCAGUUGUCAAAGAAUGCUAUGCCUUCGGAUGUUUCCCUCGCGUCAAGAUUGUACAGAAACCCAGAUGGUUUCAUGGUCAGAUAUUCAUUCGAGAAAUCAAUUGGGUCCUUAUGAUUCUCAGUCUUGCUGUCACAGUUGGUUUUCAAGACAUAAAUCAUAUUGGAAAUGCUUAUGGCUUAGCGUGCAUGGCUGAGAUAUUUGUGACAACGUGUCUGAUAUCAUUGGUCAUCCAUUUGGUGUGGCAUCAGAAUCUAAUGCUUUCUCUUCUAUUUCUCAUAUUCUUUGGAUCAGUUGAGAUUAUCUUCUUAUCAUCCUCUUGUAUGAAAAUCCCUCAUGGUGGAUGGAUUCCUGUCUUGCUGACUACGAUCUUCAUGGCUAUCAUGUUUGUAUGGCAUUAUGGCUCCAGGAAGAAGUAUUCAUAUGAUCUGCAUAAUAAAGUGACCUUGAAGUGGAUCCUCACAUUGGGUCCUAGUCUUGGGAUUAUUAGGGUUCCAGGGAUUGGUCUCAUUUACACUGAGUUGGCUAGUGGAAUCCCUAGCACAUUUACCAAUUUCUUGACAGACCUACCAGCGUUUUACCAGGUGGUUGUCUUUGUCUGUGUGAAGACUGUUCCUCUGCCUUAUGUCCCUCUUGAAGAGCGGUACCUUAUAGGUAGGAUUGGUCCCAAAUCCUUCCGGAUUUACCGCUGCAUUGUUCGAAAUGGUUACAAAGAUGUGCAGAAAAGUGAAGAUGAUUUUGAAAACGACAUUGUCAUGAGUAUAGCAGAGUUCAUCCAACUAGAGGCAGAAGGCUCCGGAAACAUGGAGGGCUCCGUUGAUGGCAGGCUGGCAGUUGUGAGGACAUCCGACAAGUUUGGGAAAAGAUUGGAAAUAUCAGAAUCUGAUCGCUAUGGAGAAGGUAGCAGUUCACUGGACCCUGUGAUGUUGAGUGGCAGCAAGUCAGCUACAUUGCUCUACUUGCAGUCCACAUAUGAGCAAGAAUCACCCAAUGUUGGCCUAAGGAGGCGAUUUAUAUUUAAGUUACCAGAUGCAAAAUACAGGGAUCCAAAUGUCAAGGAGGAGCUAAUGGAGCUUGUGGAAGCUAAACAUGCAGGGGUUGCAUAUGUGAUAGGUCAUUCUCAUGUAAAGGCAAAAUGGACUGCCCCAUACCUGAAGAGAUUUGUGAUUGAUGUGCUAUACUCUUUCUUGCGUAAGAACUGCAGAGCUACUGCUGUGGUCUUGAACAUUCCACAUAUUUGUCUGAUUGAGGUGGGCAUGAACUACUAUUUGUAGUUGAUUCAGAUGCCUUCUUUUUUUUCUUUUUUUUUUAUGUAUAUUGCUUUGGCACGAAGAUCUUUUGUCCUUUUUUUACUCCUUAAUUCUAUUGACUCAAGUUUUGUUAGGAUAGGAGAUAAUUUAUUCAAUUUCCAAUAAUGGUUUGUGGAAUCU